AUGAGAGACAAUAUAGAGCCUGAUGAUGUGAGGCUGGUGGGAGGAGGCAGUCGCUGUGCUGGUGGAGUGGAGUGGUACGACCAGGGAGAGUGGAGGAUUGUGGGAGCUGAUGACUGGGACCAGAGGGAUGUAGCUGCAGUAGUGUGUAGACAGCUGGGUUGUGGCUCCACUGUUUCAGUACUAACUGGAAACACCACUAGAGGGAAAAACAUUAUAUGUUCUGGAUCUGAGCCUUCACUGAGGGAUUGUUAUAGAAUGUAUGAUCUACUUCCUGGACUCACAGUGAUCUGCUCAGAUCUCCUGGUCCAGCCUGAUAUCUUCCUGACUGACCCAAUGGGAGGGGUCUUCAGGGGCCACCAGGGGCCUGAGAUGUUCAGGGGCUACAACUUCACCAUCACCUGCUCCACUCAGCCACAGUACCCAGGAGGCUCCUUCCUCCUCACGUUCACCGGCUCCAACAGAACCCAGACCCAGCCAGCUGUCAAUCACUCUGCUGCCUUCCUCUUCCCUGCUGCAGAUGACUCCCACCAAGGGAACUACAGAUGUGUUUAUGACAAUUAUGUUUUCUCUCAUAACUUCUCCUCUGAGAGCGAGCUCCUCUCCCUCACCAUCACAGGUAACUGA